AUGGGGCGCGGGUCGGCUGGCGGAGCGGCUGCGCGGAGCGCUUGGGCGGCGGCGGCGGCAGCGCUGGCCCUCGCGGUCAGCAGGGUCGCGGGCGAUGGCAGCGCGCCGGGCGAGUCCCCCGGCAGCCUGGCCGCCGAGAUCGCGGAGGACAUGAGGCGCUACGCGAGGCUGCACCCGCGCAGCACCGGGGCCCCGCCGUGUCCCCACGGAGGGUCCUGCGGCCACGCGGAGGAGCGCGGCGGCGACCCGGCUGGCGCGGCCCCGCCCGCGCGCACUGCACCGCCGCCGAAGGAGCCCAACUCGAAGCCCCCCGCUGGGCAGGACGCGCCUGACCCGCACCCGUCCGUGCCCAACUUGGUGUUCGACACGUUCGUCCACAUACCGUGGCGCGAGAUCGUGUGCGCGAUGCUGCUCGCAGUGGUCCUGACUCCUUUCUGCGGGGCGGCGGCCAUCGUCAUCGCGCUCAGGAGCGAGGUGAAGCGCCGGCAGCUCGAGGCCGCGCUGGCCGCCAUGCAGCCCGCCGCGGCCGCGCCCCGGCCAGCGGCGACCGCCGGGGUGGUCGCCAGCCCGUACUCCGGCUUCCGGGAGGCGAGCCCCAACAUGACCUCGCUGGUGCUCCAGCUCCUCCGCCUGGCUCGGAUCUGCGUGCCGACCAUCUUCUCCAAGCAGGGCGGGUUCUUGGCCAAGACGGUCUCGCUCGCCAUGGCGGACGGCCUGCUCGAGUGUCUCGUUCCCAGCAUGUUGGUUCGACCGCUGUGGACCAUGGUGAAGAACGAUCAGAUGGAGGAGUUCCAGGCGUUCGCGUGCUUCAUGAUGGUGUACAAUGUCCUGAUUUCCAUGACGAAGGCUGCUGCGAACUACUACGCCAUGCGAGCGAUGAUCGCUUGCCGAAAGGAGUUGACGCAUCAUCUACACUCGCUGUACAUGAGUCGUCACGGCCGUAACUAUUACACUCUAGGGAAUCUCGACAAUCGCGUGGACACGCCUGGGUCCCGUAUCACGAACGAUGUCGAUCUGAUGAUGCAGUUUCUUUUUGAGUUCGUCUUCGGAGGCAUCAUGAAGCCUGAGGCUGGCAUGUGCUCCAUGCUUUUCUUCCUGCUGCCCACGCUCGGCGUUGCUCAUUUUGAGACCGAGCAGAAGGCUCCUGGAAAGGGACUUAUGGCCAUCUUGGUGUCCUUAUUCAUUGUAGGAGUUUCCUUGGUUCCCACGAUCCUGUCUUCAAAGUCGCUGACAGCUGCCCAGGCACGGGUGCAGAGCUGCGAGGCGAACUUGCGCGCUGCACACGCCAAGUGCCGCUUGUUCGCGGAGUCGGUGUGUUUCUACGCCGGGGAGGCAACGGAGUCCAAACAGUUGGACGCCCAUUUUGUACAAGUCAAGGCGGCGUUUAAACAGUUCGCCAGAGCGAAGUUCUUUGUUGAGCUGAUCCAGCUCUCCCUCUACUUCGGCGUCGCACCCAUUGGCACAAUCAUUGCUGCCUUCAUUGUGCGCCAAGGCGAAUGGACGGACAUGUCUGAGACAACGUUCUACGUCGUCAACCUUACUUUUGUUCGUAUCUUGCGGUGUUGCAUGGAGAUAUCAAAGAACAUGGUGGACCUGGCAAAAGCGCAGGCAAUGCUCUUACGGGUCAUCCAGCUGCUCGAAGUAAUGGACGCAUUUCACAUCUUCGACUUGCGGGAGACUGGUGGUCUCAUGGGGCGGCAGCUGUUCCGCGGUGUGCACGGGUGCUUGGUAGACGCGGAGGAGGAGCUGUGCUUCAUCCAGUACUACAACGUCAGGCCGCUGUAUGGCGGCGAGGUCGUCCCCGUGUACAUCAGCGACGGCAUCGGGUUCAAGCACGUCGACGUGUACACCCCUGACGGGCUGCGCCUGCUUCUCCGGGACGUCAGCCUAAGGCUCGGGCCCGGCGAGAGCUGCCUGAUCAUGGGGCCGAGCGGCAUCGGCAAGUCUUCGCUGCUGCGCGUGCUGGGGCAGCUGUGGCCGCUCUUCCGGACGCCUGGACCCAGCGGCACGCAGUCGAGCUUCUGGAGACCGGGGCCGCUGAACGUCUUCUUCCUGGCGCAGCGGCCGUAUUUGUUCGAGGGGACGCUGAGGGAGCAGCUCGCCUAUCCCGUCUGGGACCCGGCACUCUUGCGAGACCUGGACGACGACAGGAUGGAGCGGCUGUUCAAGGAGGCCAACCUGGGCGACGUGUGGGAGGCGCGCAAGGACGAGCUCGACACCACAGGCAUCUCCUGGGAGGACGUGCUGAGCCUCGGGGAGCAGCAGCGCCUGCAGUUCUGCAGACUGUUCUGGCACGCCGAGUGGCACCAGAGGCACAUGGGCGGGCCCCAGGGUUUCUUCGCCGUGCUGGACGAGUCCUCUGCCUCCAUGGACACGAAUUCGGAGAUGGCUGUCUACCAGGCGUGCCGGAGCCGCGGCAUCGGCUACCUCAGCGUGGCGCACCGGCCCACGGUGAUCCAGUUCCACUCGAAGGUGCUGCACUUCGAGUUCAACUCGAGGCACCAGUUGGAGCACAGGGUCCGCGACGCGCACGAGAUGGCCCUCGAGUCCGCCAGGCAGAUCGCCAGCGAGGGCACCAACAACACGGAGCUGCGGCCCAGCAACAUCCGGCGGAGCAUCAGCACCGGCUGCAGCAUGUCCAACCUGGCCGACGCCACGCGGAGC